UUAUUGUACUAACUGUUGUGGUGGGUGCGACAUUGAUUGUAUAUUGCAUUGAUUGAUGCAGCUACCGUACCGGCGGUAGAGUCUAGUUAUUUUGAGUGAAGGACAACAGAACUGCCUGUAGUAAACGCAGACAACAAGCCACUAUUGUUGGAACCGAAACACUUGUAAGAGCUAGAGAAGAAUAUCAACACUAUCGAUAUAAUUAUAUCAAGUACUUUACAUCGUCUGUGGCCCCAAAGCAAGAUUAAUUUGACAAUGAAUAGAUCUCUAACAAAUGAGUCAGUAUUCAGAAUAGAGGUGUCUCUGUCUAGUCGGAAGAGUUCGGCUAUUGUGAUGCGUACUCAGGCCCGACUCUACACUCUGGACAAAGGCCCCACUGUACCCACACCCAAUACUCAAUGGAAGAGCUUGGCAUAUGGGGCUCCAUGUAUUCAACUCAUGCGGGAAACUACAGAACACAAUUCUCCGUUCCAUAUUAAAAUUGUGAUAGCAGAAGUCGAGUCUGGCAUAUCUCUUUGGGAGGCAGAGGUGACUGACAACAGUGGCUAUAAUGCUAUGCAGACAAACUUUCACACAUUCUCUUCCAAUGGAAAGACUUUUGCAAUUCAAUUUGCCAAUGCAGAGGAGGGCCAACGUAUGCUCGAGAGCAUCCAUGACUUGUUCCUUCAGAAACAAAAGGCCGAAACUGUUACCUUUGAUAACAAACCUGACCAAGCCAUCUUUAAGAAACCAAAGAGCUUCAGGAGACUUGGCAAAAAGGACAUUUCUGCACCUUGCAACUUCAAGCAUGUGUCAGGUAUCACUAUUGGGCGGACCCAAACAUGCGAGGAUGAACUGAGAGGUACCAUUCAACGAAAGAUGCGUUCAAUGUCACUCUCCAGUCUUGUUUCUCGUGGGGGUAAAGCUACGGAGGGCAAAGGUCAGGAGGAUGGUGGUGAGAGCAGCCCUGGACAAAAGAAGUCCUUCCGCAACAAGUUUGGUUCUCUCAAAGUCAACAAGAAAAGAGGUGUUGAAGAGGUUGGAAUGUCUCUGCCCUCUCAUGGUAGACAUACAUCUCGUCCACCACUAACCAGCUCUACCUUCCAGUCUGAUAGAAAGAGUCCGUCAAGAUCUCAUUCUCUAUCUUCUAGUGAUCUUCUUGUCUCACCACGAAGACCCUCCGGCUCUUCACUGGAGAGAAGGCACACUGUUCUAGUGGAGGGAGAGUAUAACUAUGUUCCUUACAGACAAUCUGCUCAGCCCUAUAAGAGUGGACCAACCAGCCAUUAUCAAGUUCCCACUCAGAACAGAGCAAUAGCAGUUGGUCAAUAUCCUCCCAGACCUUAUGCUGUGGUAGCCAUUGGAUCACAGCCUAAUCUCAGCUCUCAUCACCAACCAGUCUAUGAUGUACCAACCUCAACUCAACGAAACAAGUACCAUAAUAUCAAGCUUGGACAAGCUCGAUCAAUGUCACCAUUAAAGGAGCCACCUGAGAUGUCCCCCUCUCAUCCUGGGUCCAAGGUGGCUCCCCUAACAUCUCUCGUAAGACAAGAGGCCUUCAGGGAGGGCCCUGUUGAGUCAUUAGUUAGCAAUAGCUCCAACUCCCUACAAGACAAUUACAUUGAUGCCAUGGAUAAAGCUUUGGAACAAUUCGACAGCUUGCUACAGCCACCACAAGGAAACAAACAGCAGAUCAUACAAACUUCAUUGUAAUGUAUACAUGUAUAUUAUUAUUGUGCAUAAUUAUUUUUAUUGCUUAUAGACCGAUUUAACUCUAAUAAAAUAAAAAUUUUAAAUGC